AUUGUUUCCCAGAGUAGUUACUACUUUAUUAUUAUUAUUAUUUUUUAUUUUGUAGGCACUUUGUUUCGCACGAGGUGUACUAAAUGUGGUCACAUUUCUGAAAACAGAGCCAGUCCUAUCUGUCCUGCUUUAGCAGGAAAAGGGGAUCCAGAUCCAGAGAUUCAUGAUGCCAGAAUCCCUGAAGAAGAACUGCCAAGAUGCGGCAAAUGUGCAGGUUUACUUAGACCCCAUGUUGUUUGGUUUGGAGAAUCUCUUGAUCCAGAUGUUUUAAUGGCUGCCCAACAUGAGUUAGACCAGUGUGAUCUGUGUUUAGUUAUUGGCACAUCUUCAGUUGUUUAUCCAGCUGCAAUGUUUGCUCCUGGAGUAGCUGAUCGUGGUGUACCAGUCGCAGAAUUUAACAUUGAGUCCACACCAGGAACAGAAAAUUUUGGGUUCCACUUUGAAGGAUUCUGUGGUAGCACAUUACCAAAGGCUUUGGGAGUUUAGCUUUGGAGUAACUGACAAUGCAAUCCUAAUAGGACUUUGUAGCAAUCUUCAACCUUGACUGGCAUCCAAGGCAGAUCUGCACAGGAUUCCUGCCAAUACAGUAAUCACUUCGAGUGACAGACUAUCUUAAUGGUGCCUAAGUGGAUCGAGCUUGCUAGAAUUCACGAAAUUCACAGAUGAUGAUUACUAAUUAUUUAUCUUCUGUGUUAGAAUAUUUUGAAACACACUUUUUACAGGUGAUCACUCAAAAUUAUGUGCAUUUUAAUGCCUACAACCUGUGCCUGAAAUUUUUUUUAAUUUUAUGACCAGGGAACAUGGUAUAAGAUAAUUUAAUGUACCUAAGGGAAAUGUGAGGAUACACAUUUCUGCUAGUCACCAUAUAAUUUGGUGCAUAUUCAAGUAGUUUUUUUUUCAGUCAAUUAUGUAAUGUUUUUGAAAUUACAACUAUCAGUUAUGUAACAAAUUCUAAACCAUGAAACACUUAGUAUAUGUUAGAUUUUGCCAUUAAUAAAAUUACAAAGUAAAUUU